AUGCAGAAAUCGAACUUGAAUAGCACAAAUAGAGAGAAAGAGCUAGAAAAGAAAGACAAGAAGAAGAAAGGUUUCACUCAAAUCAUAUGGCUCAAAGAUCAGUGGAGCAAGAGCAAGAAAGAAAAGGAUCAGCAACCAAUGUCUCCGUUUUUGGCGUUCGCAACUGAGGCCAUGAGGCUGUUGGAGGAAGAGCAGCAUCUUCAGUUGCAAAACCGUGAGGCUGUUGGAGGAAGAGCAACAUCUUCAGUUGCAAAAGUAAAUUCAAACAGAGAGAAAGAGCUAGAAAACAAAGACAAGAAGAAGAAAGGUUUCCAUCAAAUCAUAUGGCUCAAAGAUCAGUGGAGAAAGAGCAAGAAAGAAAAGGAUCAGCAACCAAUGUCUCCGUUUUUGGCGUUCACAAUUGAGGCCGUGAGGCUGUUGGAGGAAGAGCAGCAGCUUCAGCUGCAAAAAAAUUGGGCUUACUUAUAUUUGUUGAGAAAAUGUUGGGAAAAUGAAGGAGCUUUAGAAAGGAACAGAGAGAAAGAGCUAGAAAAGAAAGACAAGAAGAAGAAAGGUUUCUCUCAAGUCAUAUGGCUCAAAGAUCUGUGGAGAAAGAGCAAGAAAGAAAAGGAUCAGCAACCAAUGUCUCCGUUUUUGGCGUUCACAACUGAGGCCAUGAGGCUGUUGGAGGAAGAACAGCAACUUCAGUUGCAAAAAAAUUGGGCAUAUUUAUCUUUGCUGAGAAAAUACAGGGAAAAUGAAAGAGCUUUAGGAAGGAACAGAGAGAAAGUGCUAGAAAAUAAAGACAAGAAGAAGAAAGGUUUCCCUCAAAUCAUAUGGCUCAAAGAUCAGUGGAGAAAGAGCAAGAAAGAAAAGGAUCAGCAACCAAUGUCUCCGUUUUUGGCGUUCACAACUGAGGCCAUGAGGCUAUUGGAGGAAGAGCAGCAUCUUCAGUUGCAAAAAAAUUGGGCUUAUUUAUCUUUGCUGAGAAAAUAUAGGGAAAAUGAAGGAGCUUUAGAAAGGAACAGAGAGAAAGAGCUAGAAAAGAAAGACACGAAGAAGAAAGCUUUCCCUCAAAUCAUAUGGCUCAAAGAUCAGUGGAGAAAGAGCAUGAAAGAAAAGGAUCAACAACCAAUGUCUCCGUUUUUGGCGUUCACAACUGAGGCCAUGAGGCUGUUGGAGAAAGAGAAGCAUCUUCAAUUGCAAAAGUUCAAAGUAGAACCACAACUAUUAAAUUAUGAUUCGUACCGUGAAAACAGAGAGAAAGAGCUAGAAAUGAAAGACAAGAAGAAGAAAGGUUUCCCUCAAAUCAUAUGGCUCAAAGAUCAGUGGAGAAAGAGCAAGGAAGAAAAGGAUCAGCAACCAAUGUCUCCGUUUUUGGUGUUCAUAACUGAAGCCAUGAGGCUGUUGGUGGACGAGUAG